AAGCAAUGCAUGCGUGCUUACCCCGACUCUGAUAUUGAUUUUGUACAUCCAGUUGCGCCAUGUCACACAAUGUCUUUUCCCACGCUCUAACACGAAGUCCCCUUCCCUCGUUCCUGCUUGACUUCAGCUUGAAGUCUCUCAUUCUACCACUCACCGACACUAAGUUUGUCUUUCUCGCAUCCUGCGGGUGAUACAACCCUGUCGCACCGAUUGAAGUCGCACCCAGCUAUAAUUCGCAAGCAUGGUUAGCCCCGCCUCCGUCGCAAGCAGCGCUUCAGCCGUGCGGUCGCUGUUGGAUUUGGCUUGUGAAUUAGUAGAGUUACUAUUACAACAAGUCCGGACGAACCAGCCAUUCGACUUCAACAUUGCUCCUAAAGAUCUAGCGGAAGAGGUCAGCCUACUCGCAGUCGAAUGUGACCUGAUCUACACCGAUGUUCAAGAAAUCGCACACAAGAGCCAAUCAAGGCCUGCUUUGGUGGAGCAAGAUGAUGGUACAUUGUGGGCCUGCCUGGAUCACGAAACUGAACUGGCAAGGCGAAGUCUUCGUGAACUAGAAGUCAUCAUUCAACAACGUCCUCAGAAAUCUAGUGUCCUCUCCCGCAGCCUAUCUUUGGUCCAGAAACGUAUGCAAAUUCGGAACGAGACGUUGAGAUUGAAACUUGCAUUGAGUAAAAACAAGAUUUGUUUGAAUAUCACAUUGCGAUUGCUUCAUAUAAAGUUUCCACACUUAGGCCCAUUCCGAUCGGGACCUCACCUAAUGAAGGAUCCACAUACGUUGCAGGAUAUGGUAACGAAGUUGGAGAAUUUGACAAAUCUCGAUUCCCAGGCGCAACUGUCGUUCGUGGAGACCAGUCUUUUGCAGAUCGCCAAGACACUCAUCGAGCAAAACGUGGGAGAAGCGCGUGAUCAGAAUAGCAAUACGACUGUAGCUUCGAGCGAUCAUGACCAGACAACAGAUAUUUCAACAAUUACACACCCUUCGCGACACGCACACUUGGGCUUGUCGGACCCUUCCACGUCAUCCAAUCCACAGAUCGUCGUUACAUCCGCAGCUCACGACUCGAAGCCGCCGCAAGUUUCAGAGCCGACUAUCGGAGAAAAUGAAGAUUUCGAUGAUCUCGACCUAGACAUGGCCACUGCUGCACUACAAACCGGCGGGGAUGCCUUUCAAUCAGGACAAUGGGAAGAGGCGGACUCUUUACUUCGGGAAGCAUUGCAAGUGCUUCAGUAUCUUCCCGAAAAACGACGUGCAUUCUGCGAUGUGUUCGAUCUUCGGUUUAAGCUUGCGGUCUGCGCUUUUCACACUCACAGUCCACAAGAAGCAGAGACAGCUCUGAGAAAUGUUGUAGAAACCCCCGCAACAUCUGACAAACAGCUAGAGAGCAUCCAUGAAGUUACACAUCUUCUCUCGCAGCUCUACGUUCGCACGCAACAGAUCGAUCGAGCACGUCUUGAGUGUGAGAAGGCCCUGCAAGCCCGACGACGUCUUCUUGGGAAGCAGAGCGAUGCUGCUUUGGCUUCUACUGCGCUAAUGGCACACAUAUAUGUCCUUCUAGGCAACCGAGCGCGUGCCAAAACAUGCCUUGCUAUGAUACCAGAGGCGCGUAGAGAUUCCAUACUGUAUAGUGUUGAGAAAUCGUUGGGCACUGGAGUGGAACAUCUUAACUUUGCUUCUCUGCUCACGCGAGCAAUGUCGGACACAACCGACGGGACCAACUCCAGUCCAAAAAUGUUUACCCAAUCGACAAUCGGUACUCUUGAUAACGAACCCCAAAAAGCCCAACCUCUUGGUUCUCCGGCACCCAGCUUUCGGCAGAUGCACGUUCGCAGUCAAUCAAGCGUGGCAGGUGAGGAGGAUACGCAACACAGCACCAUGUCGCCGCCACCGUCAUCAUACGAACCAGGCAGAAUCAUGAGUUGGAAUCAAGACCAAAAGAGUGACAGAUACUCUGUCGACCUCAUCGUCAAUGAUACGGCAUCGCUACGGCUACGUGAUCCUCCACAGGCGUCGGAAGUAAAGAUCGAACAAAAGCUAUCGCGUAAAGAGAUCCUCGAAAAGGUUGGAUGCCAACCCAAGGACCAGAUCGAAGAAGCCGUUUGCACUGGGGAUCACCUCAAGCUAGUGUCUCUUCUUACCAAAAAGAAAGACUUCUGGCGUUCUAAACUUCGGAAGCGCACGCGGCCCGAACGCGUCACGGCCUUGCACUUCGCUGCACUCUUUGGCGAAACCGAUAUGGCACGGCGCCUUCUCAUCUCUGGCUUCAACAUCAAUGAGAUACCGUACGGUUAUACGACAAGACUCACUCCAUUGACAUUCGCCAUUGGUGCCCGUCAAGUGGAUAUGGUUGAGUUUCUAAUCGCGAAUGGCGCUCGACCAUGUGAGCCGGACUCAUGGUCAACUCUGGCUGGACAUUUGAUGAGUCGAUCAUGGCUGGCCAAAACAAUGUCGGAGAGUGAGAGAGAGUUCACGCCGAACAGAAUCGUUGCGAUUAUGGAAAUCCUAUCGAGACAUGGAUGGAAUACCAACCAGCCGAUCGAAGAGUCAGGCAAAACAGUACUGCAUCAGGCCGUCGCUUUCUGGACUGGUCAUUACACAUGGGAUUUAAACCUCCGUGCUACUAUCGCUUCUUUUCUAUACGAGCAUGGCGCCGACCCUCACCUCAAGAAUCUCGAGGGUAAAACUCCUUACGAGAUGGCAGUAUCCUUGGGAAAUCAAGAGCUUCUGCAUAUCCUCAACGGCAAUCUUAAAAUGAAAUCGGGUGAUAAUGGCGCACCUGAGCUGUACGAGCUCUCUGGGCACAAUUGA